AUGAUCAAUACCAAAAAAAACAAAAUUAUAUUAAAAACUUAAAAAAACACAAGUAUAAUUAUAAUUUAAAAAAUAAAAAUAAAAAAUUUAGUUGAAGAAACUUCUACCUGCAUAAAAUAUUUAAUAUUAAUAUUUACAGCAAGUAUAGGCAUAGGAGGAUUUUAUAAUAUGGGUUUUCAAUCAUAUAUAAAAAAGCAACUUACAUAAUAAAUGAAUAUGUCAUCAUAAUAAUAUUUAUAUUUAGUUUUAAUAACUCCUCUUCCAAACAUAAUAUUAUCAUUAUUAUCUCCAUUUUUAAUUGAAAGAAUAGGAAUAAAGAAAUCAUUAUUAUAUUUAUGUUUAUUAAUGGUAAUAGGAUAAUCAUUAUGUUUAGUAUCAGUAUAUAUUAAAUACUACAAUUUAUUACUAAUAGGCAAGUCAAUAUUUAUGAUUGGAUAAGAAAUCGUAUAUGUCCCGUAAACAUAUAUAUUUUCAAAAUGGUUUAAACAAAAAGGAUUAACAUUUGCAUUUUCUACUGGUAUUUUCGCUAAUAAGAUUGGAAAUGCCUUUUCUGGAAUUUUAUAUCCCUAUUUAUUUGAUGUAAAUCAAAGUUUGGUUCUUCCUUUUUUUGUAGGAUGCUUAAUUUGUGUAUUUUCUUUUUUUGUGCUCUUUUGGUGGCUUUUCUUGAUAAAACCUCUGAUUUUUAGUAAGAAAAUAAUAAAAACAAAAGCUUAUAAGAAACAUUUGAUAGCUUUAAAUUCAAAAGCUAUAUUUUCUGGGUUUAUAGUAUUUAAUCUUUAUUAAUCAUUGGAGGAUUUUUCUCUUUCAAUAAUUUCUUAUAAACUAUUCUUAUUAAAAAGUUUAAUUUCCAUUAAACUACAGCAGGAUAGAUAAUUUCUAUACCUUUUUGGAUUUCUUUUAUUUAACCUGUAUUCGGAUUAGUAACUGAUUAUAUUGGUAAAAGAGUUUUUGGUUUGA